GUAUAAAGAGUGUGUCGCAACGUUGCCAACAACAAAAACGCUGCAGAAACACUUCUGCGCAUAUUGGAUACGCUGAAGGAAUAUUCAAAUCACCAGACAUCUGUCUCACUGGGAUUAAUUUUUGGUUUGCAAACAUGAUUCCCGAGGAAAGCUUUGCGCCCAGCGUCAUCGAGAACAGGGUGCAGUCUGUGGGUCUGGCUCUGGAGGAGUUGCUGGUGACAGCUCAGAAACAAGACUGCUUAACUGUUGGCAUCUAUGAAUCAGCUAAACUUCUUAAUGCUGAACCAGAUAGCGUGGUUCUGUGCGUUCUAGCAGCAGACGGUGAAGACGACGUGGCUCUGCAGAUCCACUUUACCCUGCUGCAGUCGUUCUGUUGUGACAGCGGCAUCACCAUCCUGCGAGUUUCAGGGGUUCAGCGGCUCCAGCAGCUACUGGGAGCUGUUGAUGCCAACAGAAACCAAGAAGAGCACAGAGACCUCCACUGCAUGCUGGUUACGAACCCCCAGGCUGAACACUGCAGGCUACAAGAAGUGGGGACCUACUGCCAGGAGAGCCGGCGCCUCAACCAGUGGGUGCCUGAACUGGUCCUGCAGGAACGCUGAAGGGUCUGGCGCCCGAACACAUCAAUAAACACAGGAGCUCUUUUUGGGUUCAGAUACAGAUGAACUGAAGGAUCUCUUGCAGCUCAUGCAGGGAUAGCCUGGAGUGGAGUGAGACGGGCUAUCCUGACACAUGACAAGCAGGAACCACGGACUCCCAUUCAAGGGCUCAUGAACACAGUUCAAGAGGAGACUGGUUUCUAAAAUCUGUGUUGCGCGCAAAAGACAAAAAAAGCAGAUUCGCAUCCAGGCCAAAUUGUUUUUAGAUUGUCAGUAAAACAAAAUUUAAGUUUCUGUUUGACAUCCACUUGUUUAUGAGGUGUGGCGGUAAUCAAUAAGGGGAAGUAGCUUUGAGAGCAAAACUUCCACACCCCAACUAUUAUCUGGAAGACCUGUGUAUUUCUCUGGACUGGACAGGAAUGCUGCAAUGGUGAAACUAUGCCAAACAUUCCUGAGUAUUCUGAAAUGGGAGAGUCCUUGGAAAGAAGGUGUGUUUGUGUUUUGAGUGUGUGGUAUGCGUGUACAACACUUGUGUCUUUCUUUAGAAAAGACUGGGCGUGAAGCCUGUGUGUGUGUGUUCUUGAAAUGAGCAGCAGAGGAAUCGUCUCCAUGGAAACUGAAAUGGAAAUUAUGUUGGAGUUGCACAGGAUUUGUUGGCAUUGCAGGUCCAAAAAACUGCAAAAGGGGCUCAGAACAUGAUGUGUUUUGGUCAGAGGAUGAACUAUAUUAUCUGAUCUGAGGGACAAAAGUCGACUAUAAAAUCUCAUUGUACUGAAAAACAAACCAGAGACUUUAUAUCUGUGCCUUCAAGAGUGCUGCCUCUUAAUAAAAUGCUGUUAAACUAGUGUGAGCAAUGGUACACCGGUAAUUUAUUGAUCAUAUCAGUUGUGUAGUUAUUUAUGAUCUAAUUUUGUGCUCUGUCAACAAAGUCAAUAAAUUAUUUUGUUCAUAAAUGA